AUGGCGUCUGACGGUCUCGAUGCCGUAGAGGCCGGUCCUUCUGUCGCCGCCUCGGGAGAUGAAAGAGCUGGCGCCGAGGAAGCUGCUGCGCUCAAUGAAACUCGGAGCAUUCUCAAAAGAAUGGCAGCCAUAUCUGUAUGGAAUAGCGUUCUGCUACACGUCAAUGAGACGCUUUUGCCCGGUUUCGCUCGCCACCACAUUGGGCGCAUGGGAAGAAGUGUCGCUCCAGGCCUUCGAGUGGAGGUUCAGACAGCUUGGGGAUCUCGCAUUCCAUCCACGGUCAUCUUCCGACUUCAAAUUCGAAACGGGGACGAAAUAAGUGACUUUGCAGUCAUCAACUUGCCAAUGGGCCAAACAAAGUUGCCGCUGACUACCGACUACCUCGACGCAACUGAUGAGUCUCUGAUGAAAGAUACGUUUCCCGAUCCGAGAACGAAUCAUUUCGGUGUGGCUCACUCACAAUUUCGCAAGCAAGACUUGCAGUAUUUCAAGACGAUUGAACCCACGGCGGAGAUAUCUUCUUUCAUCAAGCACACCAAUACCACUGUUGCGCGAGUCACUGCUGUAGUAGAAGCCCACGAAUUUACCAUCAUGUAUCCAUCGCACUUCUGGGAUCACAUCCAACGUCUGCCAGCUUCAUUGCAAAGAGUCGCCAAGAACAUCAAAUCUCUAUUUGAUUCAAUGAAUCCAGAAGAACAAGUCUCACUCCAAGUCACAUUUCCAUACAGCCACAACUGGGAAAAAGAUUGGCAUGUUUUCUUUACUGAUGAGCGCAAAGUCAACGCCCAGAUUCUGGACAUCGCAUCGCUCUGCAAUGGUGACAUCGAAGACCUUGAUUACUUUAAAAUGCUCUUGGGCCGUGCCAGCCUUGCCGAACAAGUCGCAUAG